ACGCAUGCGCCCUCCCAAAUUUCCUGUUGUAUUUUCAAUUACUGGAGCAAACUUUUCCUGUUACGGCAAAGGUAGCUCGCCAGGUGAGAGUGGGUCUUCCCGAAACACCCUUUCCCCUCUCCGCAGUUUUCCCGAAACAAACGACAACAUUUCGUUGAAAGACCGAGGAUAGCUCGGGAACGACCGGCCGUCGUUGUAAAACACCUGGAACUUGCUUGGGGAGGAUCCGGUUUGUAUGAAAAAAAAGGGGUCAGGUGGAAGCAGGAGGGAAUCCGGCUUCUGCUUCAUCACCGCCCAACAUGCCCAGAGCCUUCCUGGUGAAAAGGAAGGAGCCGUAUCCGGAGGUCCGCGACUGGAAUGAGCUACCGGACGAGGAGAGAGCCGACACCUACAUACCAGUCAAUUUGAGCUGUUUCUUGAGUUACGAAGAAGAAAGAGAGACCGAGGAUCCUACACCCGGAACAACUGGUUUAGACAAACUGCUGAACGAUUCAGACGAGCGCCGCCUCCCAUGCAAGACCGAACCGGGCCAGGAGAAUGCAGAGGAGCAAGUUCUGGGAUCGGAAUUCAAAAAGUGCAGCGUCUUGCGAACGAAAAUCAAGAUCACAACCGGGGAGUGCAGCGACGCCACAUUCCGCUGCCAGGUGUGUAGUAAAGGCUUCCGGCUACAGCGCAUGCUCAACCGGCACCUGAAGUGUCACAGCCAAGUGAAGCGUCACCUGUGCACGUACUGCGGCAAAGGCUUCAAUGACACCUUCGACCUGAAGAGACACGUCAGGACGCACACCGGAAUUCGCCCUUAUAAAUGCAGCCUUUGCCAUAAAGCCUUUACGCAGAGAUGCUCUUUGGAAUCACACCUCAAGAAGAUCCAUGGAGUGACACAGAAGUACAGCUACAAGGAGAGGAGGGCAAAGCUCUAUGUCUGUGAAGAAUGUGGGUUCACAGCCAUGAACCAAGAGGACCUUUACCUUCACAUGAAGCAGAAUCACCCAGAAAACCCACUUCUUAAAAAGACUUCCAAGAAAAUAGCUGCAGCUUUGCAGAACAAACUCAACUCGGUACUGCAUAACAAUGAUGAAAAUAAGGAUUCUGAAUAGGAGCAAAAGUAGACACAAUAGUAUCUGUGGUGAAGUUUUGAUCCUUACCGUGCUGGAUAAAUAAAACUUCUGAUCAGCAUCACCAUAUUAAAACAGCAGGAAGAUUCCCUUAAAUUGCUAGUGUAAACCAACUCCUUUAAAACCUAUUUGCCAGAUAUAGCAAUCAGAGUAAACCUUUACACUGCUGUUACUGAUCCAGUAUUCUAAAGGGCCACACUUUAAAAAAAAUUCUCAAUACUUGGGUAUCAUUAUCAAUUUAUUUCCCAUUCCUAGUUGUCCUGAAGAGGUGGCCUUGGGAUGCCUUCAUUAAUUGUUAUUGUUUUGUAUUUGAUCUAACACAACCAAUGACAUGCUAGGCCAAUUCAGGUGGCUGUUAACCAAACGGCUAAGUGUACAAAUGGUGCUUUGGGCUUUUCAACACUUCUCUGUAGAUUUUGUUCUUUUAAGAUAUAUCUUGUUUACCAUUUUUCUUGUUUUUUUUUUAAUUUGUUGGUUCAGGGUACAUUUUUGCUCCACAGUGGAAUAUACUUUAUUCAUUUGUAGCCUUCUGAAUUUUAAAAAGAGUUGUGUAUCAAGCAAGAUAUUAUGAAUUUCCAAAAUUCAGUACAAAUUUCUUAUUUUAGUAUGGAGAAUUUAGGAAAUAUUAAAUACAGAUAAUUUAAUGCAUAACAUUCCAAAAAGGAGUCCUGUAUAAACAUUGUAAAAAUACUUUAUACUACUAAGAGGAAUUGAAAUAUAUGGUAUGCUGUUUUCUACCUGUCCGUUUAUUAAAAAAAUUCCUUGAGCUUU